AUGUCCUGGAUCCCAAAGCGCACUUUACACGAAGCGGAGGCCAUUCUCUGUGGGCCGGGUCAGUUGCACGAGCUCGAGACACGCCUAGUCGAUGGCCGGAUACAGCGAGUAUAUAAAAACCUCUGGCCUUCUCUCCGUGACUUUUGGCUUUGGGUCGCCCAAGAAUACAAGCACAAGACCUAUGUUGUCUUCGAGAAGGACAGGAUCAGUUACGGGGCGGCCUUCGAACGCUCAGUUAAAGCGGCAUCUGUAUUUCGUCAUGUAUAUGGCGUAAAGAAGGGUGAUCGAGUUGUUAUAUGUUCGCGCAACAUACCAGACUAUCUCGUCGCACUCUGGGCAUGUCAGUUGAUCGGUGCCGUCUCGGUCUUUGUGAACGCUUGGCUUCCGGCAGAGCCAACGAAGCAUUGUUUCGUUAGCACUCGCUGCAAGCUGGUCAUCCUGGACUCACCGCGAGCUGACUUGGUCGAGAGCUUCGCGGGAGAGAUUGCAAGAGAGGCAGGGACAUCUGGAUUCCUUGUCUGGCAGCAUUGGGAAGGGAAGGGCAAAUGGAAUGGCAUGCAGAUAUGGUCCAAUGUCUUGGAUUCCUAUCAAGGAGAACUGAAAAGCGUGUUGGAUGAUCCCGGUCUUCUGCCAGAGGAUCCCGCCACUAUAUCUUUCACUUCUGGGACCACUGGGUUGCCCAAGGGGGUCUUGAGCACGCACCGAAUGUUCCUGACAAAUGUCUUGAACGUUCUUGCGGGUCCCUUUCGUGCAAUCCUCCGUCGUGGAGGAUCCCUUCCUCAAUUUCCGUUGCCUGACGGACCACAGAAGGGAAUACUAGUAUCAGUACCCUUAUUUCACGUUACAGGUCUCACAAGUUUAGCGCUUUUAGGGACCAUGACAGGCAUGAAAGUCGUGUUCAUGCGAAAAUGGGAUGCUGAAGAAGGCGCCAGGUUAAUCCGCGACGAACAUGUCACCAUUGCGGGAGGUGUCCCCUCCAUGGUGGCCGAUCUGAGUGAAACUUCUGCCGCUGGCCAACCUCUCGAGUCGCUGUUGUUCGGUGGAGCUUCUGCGCCUGAUUGGCUUGCCAAGCAAUCUCGCAAGGCCUUUCCUACUGCCACAAUGACUCAAGGGUACGGUCUCACGGAAACUAACAGUGUUGCCGUCGGUUUCGCUGCAGAAGAUUAUCACAUGCGGCCCACGAGCGCGGGGCUUGCAAUGCCUGUCAACGACGUUUUGAUUGUAAAGGACGACAAAGUUCUUCCUCCUGGAGAGCUUGGGGAGGUCUGGUUACGUGGUCCAAAUAUCAUGAAGGAAUACUAUGGCGAUCCUCGGGCAACCUCUUUGGCCAUCACCAAGGAUGGUUGGCUGCGGUCUGGUGACAUCGGCUUCCUCGAUCACGAGGGAUUUUUGUACAUCAGAGAUCGAAUCAAAGAUCUUAUCAUUCGGGGAGGAGAGAAUAUUGACUCUGUCUCCGUUGAGAAUGCUGUAUCUGCAGACGAUCGGCUGUUGGAAGUGGCUGCAGUAGGUGUACCAGAUCCGCGUUUGGGUGAACUAGUUUCCGUCAUAGCUUCCGUCAAGCCAGCGUAUCAGGGCAAAGUUCUGGAACAAGAGGUCAUAGAAAUCGCCAGUCAGAGACUUCCUCAUUUUGCUGUCCCCGUCAUGAUUUUCUUGCAAACUGAACGUCUCCCUCGCAACCCAUCGGGUAAAAUUCUCAAACGCGACCUGCGCGAACUUGCUAAGGAGGAGUGGUUGAAAAGAAAUGGUAGGGCCCUAGACAGCAAGGCUAAAUUAUGA